AUGCUCUUCAUGAUCUCACUGCACGUGACCCAGACUGCUCCUUCCUGUGUGUCUCUGCUUUAUGUACUUCAGAGUGAAGCCAACUCUGUCAUUUCACAGUGCCUAACCAACCUCUUGUGGAAAUUUAUAUUCCGGCCUACAUUGCAGUCUUUAGUGGCUGACAGCCAUAGAAUUCAAAACCAAAUAGUGUCUAUCAGCCUUCUUAACUGUGUGCGCCCCCUAUUUCAGUCUCUUGCAUUUGUUCUUCCAUGGAUUGUAUGCAUCUCUGUAUAUAUUUUUCCUCUCAGAACAUCAACACUGCUGUUUCUGACACUUAGACAUCCCACGCAAAGCCACAUUGAAUUUUUGCCAAAUGAAAAACGCAUCCAACAAUCAAGUUUCUAA